UAUGAUUUCUUUUUUUUACAGAACAAGGGUAACAAGGAUAGGAAACCUUUGCAGGUAUUACAGCCAGCAGCUACUGACAAUGAGAUGUUAGUUGGUACUGACAGGAUUCUUAGAUCUACCAAAUCACAAAGAGCAAAGACAAAACAGGAUGUAGAAACAGUUAAAAAAGAUACUUCUCAAUAUUUGAAAGUCACAAAGAAAAACAAGGCUGUUCAGACUGCAUGGGAUAGAAUAAAAAUUAAAGAUUUAACAUCCACAGAUAAUCCUAGUGAAAACUAUUGGCAAAUCCUAGCUGACAGAAGACAAAUUGCGCUUGUAGAUGCUUUAGAGGAAAAUAAAAUACUUGUACAACGUAUUGCAAAAAAAGAAGAGGAAAUUCGUGUUUACAAAGAAAUGUUAGAAGAGACAAAAGCACUUGCUGAGACAUUACAGGAGUUAUACAAAGAAGAUAAAAAUGAUGUAAAUCAUUCAUUAGAUGACAGCAAUCUUUGAUUUGUAUUAUUGAAUUUCUUAAUUAAACAUAAAAAAAUUAAUAUAUUAGUAAUUGCUGAUAAUUUAUAAAAAUUAUACAAUAUUAGAAACAUAAUAUUUAAAAUAUUCUUUAGCUUUAACAUAGCAAUUUCAGCCAUAGCAAUUGUUUAAUCAUUUGAAUGUAAUAGAAAAAAAUAACAUUUUUUUAAUAAAAUUAUUUUAAUAUUCCCCAAAGAUGUACAAGUUAGUGGUUUUUUACACAUAUGGUUAGUGUAAAAAGUAUGAAUUUUUUUAUUAUGUAGUGAUGAUAGGAAGAUAAAAUAUAAUAUGUUAUUUAUGAUAUCUAAUACAGCAAAAAGCAAUCAUAUCUCCAAUAAAUGUAUUUCAAAUGUCAAGAAAUUAAAUAGAUGUAAUAACA